GGGAGGGCCGGGUGGCGGUUCGCGCCGCGGCCCUUUCUCCCGAGCGCGGAAACUCGGGGCUGAGAACUUCUCCCCGCCCGCGCCCCGCGCGCUCGGCGACCCCCGGCUCCCGCACCUGGUCCCCGGCCCGCCCCGCCCCCGGCCGCGCUCCUCUCGGUUACAAAGGAGGGAAAAUGAGCAGGGCGGCGGCGGCGCGGCGCGGGGCCCCCACAGCGGCGGCGGUCGCGGCCGCCCCCGGCACCACGUAGAGAAGCCCGUCCGCCCGCCCAGCCGAGGCCCAGGCCCGAGCCGAGCCGAGCCUGCCGCUCGCCGCUCGCCUCCCGAGCCCUGCGCGUCGCCUCCCGGCCGGAGGAGGAGGAGGUGGAGGAGGAGGAGGAGGCGCCGCCUUCCCUGCGCCGCGCGCCCUCGCCGUUGUCUGCUCUCCGCUCUGGACCAGUUUGGGGAAGUUGCCGGGGCCCGGUGUCGCCCAGAUGUGCGACCUCAUUGAGCCCCAGCCGGCCGAGAAGAUCGGCAAGAUGAAGAAGUUGCGGAGAACUUUGUCGGAGAGUUUCAGCCGCAUCGCUUUGAAGAAAGAUGACACCACCUUUGAUGAGAUAUGUGUCACAAAGAUGUCUACACGGAACUGCCAGGGAAUGGACUCAGUGAUCAAACCCCUGGACACAAUUCCUGAGGAUAAAAAAGUCAGGGUUCAGAGGACACAGAGCACUUUUGACCCAUUUGAGAAACCAGCUAAUCAAGUGAAGAGGGUGCAUUCUGAGAACAAUGCUUGCAUUAACUUUAAGACCUCCUCCACCGGCAAAGAGUCACCAAAAGUCAGGCGGCACUCUAGCCCCAGCUCGCCGACAAGUCCCAAAUUUGGAAAAGCUGACUCAUAUGAAAAACUGGAAAAACUGGGGGAAGGAUCUUAUGCUACAGUAUACAAAGGGAAAAGCAAGGUUGGUGGGUUGUUCAUGGCUGAGCACCCACGAAUGCCUGGCUGUGACAGCUGUGACCGCCAGCCACCUCAACUUCCAAACUUGAGACGUGCUGGGACUCCUGUGCUCCUCUGUGCCCUGGGAUCUGCUGGUGGGGCGUGCUCAAGUCCCUCCCUGACGCCCAAGUUCCCCCAGAUUUCUGCACCAAAGUGGGUAAAUGGGAAGUUGGUAGCCCUGAAGGUGAUCAGGCUGCAAGAAGAAGAAGGUACACCGUUUACAGCUAUAAGGGAAGCUUCUCUGUUAAAAGGACUAAAACAUGCUAACAUAGUGCUGCUUCAUGACAUCAUCCACACCAAGGAGACACUGACACUUGUCUUUGAAUAUGUGACCUCCCAAAUAUCCCUCCCUGCUCUAAACACAACACAGAAAAUCAUCAUCAUCAUCAUCAUCAUCAUCAUCAUCAUCAUCAUCUAUAACAUCUACCAUGUGCUGGGCAAUAUUCUGCAACUAUUAUGGAAUGGAAACUCAUUAAUGCAAACGUUAAUUUUCACAAUAUCUGAUGAGCACACUGAUUUAUGUCAGUACAUGGACAAGCACCCUGGGGGACUGCAUCCAGAUAACGUGAAGUUGUUUUUAUUUCAGUUGCUGCGAGGGCUGUCUUACAUCCACCAGCGUUACAUUUUGCACAGAGACCUGAAACCACAGAACCUUCUGAUCAGUGACACGGGGGAGUUAAAGCUGGCAGAUUUCGGUCUUGCAAGAGCAAAAUCCGUCCCUAGCCACACGUACUCCAAUGAAGUGGUUACCUUGUGGUAUAGACCUCCAGAUGUCCUCCUGGGCUCGACAGAAUAUUCCACCUGCCUUGACAUGUGGGGAGUUGGCUGCAUCUUUGUUGAAAUGAUCCAAGGAGUUGCUGCUUUUCCAGGAAUGAAAGACAUUCAGGAUCAACUUGAACGAAUAUUUCUGGUUCUGGGAACACCAAAUGAGGACACGUGGCCUGGAGUUCAUUCUUUACCACAUUUUAAGCCAGAACGCUUUACCCUGUACAGCUCUAAAAACCUUAGACAAGCAUGGAAUAAGCUCAGCUACGUGAAUCAUGCAGAGGAUCUGGCCUCCAAGCUCCUACAAUGUUCCCCAAAGAACAGACUAUCGGCACAGGCCGCCUUGAGCCACGAGUAUUUUAGUGACCUGCCCCCACGGCUAUGGGAACUGACUGAUAUGUCUUCUAUUUUUACUGUCCCAAAUGUAAGAUUGCAACCAGAAGCUGGAGAAAGCAUGCGGGCCUUUGGGAAAAACAAUACUUAUGGCAAAAGUCUAUCAAAUAGCAAACACUGAUGAGCACAGCAUUCUCAAGAGAGCACAGCACUAUCACGUUUCAAGUGCUCCAUAGCGACACAUGACUCAUGGCCACCGUAUUGGACAGGACUGAUACAGAACAUUUCCAGUAUCACAGAACAUUCUACGGGACAGCCCUGGUGAAGAGCAUUUCCCCUACCUGCCUUUUAAAAGAGCAAUGAGGAAAAUUAAACUGAAUUCAACCGGUAAAAAUAUGUUUCAGUUCUAAAUUAUCGUCACUUAAGAGAAGCUCAAAAUGUGUGAGGAAAAGAAAUGCUCAGGUAAGGAAGGAGGCAUGUUGCAAAGUGAGAGGGACGGAGACAGAUCACUGAGAAUGAAAGAAGGAGCUGUGCCCACAGGAACAGGAGAGACCAGGAGAAAGCGGGUAUUCAGACCUUUCAGGGAUGACACAGGUUUCUUCAGUUAACAGUGGUAUUUGUUGAGAUCGCUCCUCAGGGAAGUAAGGAAGACCAGGUUGACUGUCUAAUUAGCUGCAUGGGCAGGCCUCACAAAGACUGAGCAUCCUUCAGAAUCCAGCAAGAGCUUUAGUUUGUCUGCCAUCUCAACUGCCACUUCAACUCUGGUAACUACUCCUGGAGAAACAGCCACCUCUUGCUCUCCUCCAUGCUGUGACAUUAUGGCAGCUCACUUUUUCUGUCUCCACAUCGACUAACAUUGCUUUCAUCUUCUCUUCAUCUCGUAACUUUUGCUGACUUGUUUCUGCUUAUUCAUGAAUACUGCUUAGUGUCAUAUCUCUUUGUCCCUGUUUCUGAGGCAGUCUAUUGCUGUGCUCUUUUUCUCAGAUUCAAAACCUCCUUGAGAGCAGCUCUGAUUGGUGUAGCCAUCACCAUGAAGUAGAGAGCAAGGCUUUGAGGAGGGCUGUUGAGUCAGUCACCCCCGUAGAAGCUGUUGGCUGACUGUAGGCUGUUCUAGCUCAGGUGCUGAGCCCCGAUCCAGUCAGCUGAGCUGUGAACUUAGUGGUCAACCAUUUCUUAAGGAACUCCUGCAUAGAUGGCUCUAGGCUUACCAGUCUCUGAAGAAGCUUCUAUGAAGCCAGUAGUGUAGAUGGAAGGCACUUUGCCUGGCCCGUACACUGCCAAGGAAAAAAAUUAGACAAGUACAGAGGGAAACUCCAGUUUUAAUGGAGUGGCAACAUCCUCAUUGUGUGGUAUUUUUGGCUAUUGACUAAAGGUCUUUUUAAGACACGUUGCAUUUUCUCAACUACAGACACAAAAGGAGAUAAUACCUGUUAGUACUUAUCACUAUGUAAGAAAUUCAAGUGCUGGGUCCUUCUUUCAGUAGCAAGAAGGUUUCUGAUUUUUUCUACAAAAACUAUUUUCUGCAUGAUACUGCAAAUUUGUUUCCUAUCAAACAACUGCAAUUUUAUUAUCUCUGUUGUCUCAUGUAGUUGAUGACAAUAGUUGUGGAAAUAAGAGGUAGAGGGGGAAAGAAAGCCUAGUGUUCCUUGCAGGUUUUUAUCUGAAAGAACCCCUGGUUUUUGUCAUUACGCCUACAUUGCUGCAGAUUUACAAGUACAUCUUAUUCGGGAAAUUGACAGUGCUUCGAACCACACAUGCAUAAUGCAUAUUAUGAAUAGCCGAUUGAGAAGGGGCUGGAAUGUUGUUUCAUUUCCCCACCCCACCUCCACCCGCUUUUCCUUUGCUUUCUCUCUACCCUGGAAAGUUUAUUUUCUCCUCUAAACUCUGAUGCAAAAGAGUAGGCUAGGGAAGUUUGUCUCUCCUCUUGUCACUCUCCCUUCUCUGCUUCUCCAGCCCUCCCUUUCUGUGGGUCACUUCUGAUCUGUACCACGCACCACCACCGCCAACCCUGUGAAAGGGUUAGCAAGGACUCCGAGGCCUUUACUCUCUAGUCUGCCGAUUAUGUAGUAGGACUGUCACAAAGCAGCAUGAAAGUAAAGUUAAAUAUAUCAUGUUUCAUCCAGAGUGCAUUUUUUAAGUGUUUAAUUUUUAUAUUGACAUAACUUGAGAUUUACAGAAAAGUUGCAAGAACAGUACAAAGAAUUCCUGAUGCCCUUCAUGAACCACUUUCCCCAAAUGUUAGCAUUUUACUGCAUUUGCUUUAUCAUAUUCAUUGUCUCCCUCUCUUCCUCUCUCUCUCUCUGUCCCACAUAAAUGUAUGCACAUACACAUUGUUUUUACUCACAUGAUGCUCCCUUACUUUUAACUAUUUCAGUGUGUUUGUCUGGUAAACAAAAAAUUCAGAGUAAUUUUUUUUAAUUAAAAACAAUAUGUUUUGCCCUUGCUUUUCCUUUUCCCUUCUCUGACUGAGAGUUUUUAAAAGCAAAAUGCCUAAAAGAGAAUAAACUGGUUUGAUGCUCCACAAAUUGGUUCAUCAGCCCAAGGAUGCUGGAAAAUUGGCUAUAUUUUUGUGAUUCAGUGUUUUCAGGUCAGAUGAGCUUUCAAAUUAGGGGUGGUGGGGAUAGCACUGCAACUUGCAUCUUCUGUCUUUUUAAAACCUAAAUUAAUUUCUUAGGGACUAUUUAGCCAGCAGCAUAAUAUGAGUGAAGCUUUCUUAUAAAUAGUGGGCACAAGAUGUGAUGUGGCUCGUAAUCAAGAUAUCUAUUAGAAUGCUUGGCCAAACUAUUACGAAGUUAGCAGUCACAAAGAACAAGUAGUUAUAAUCAGGUCAGGUGCUCUAUUUUUCCCUUUCGUUUAAUGUUGAUUCUUAUGAAUUUGGGAUACAGAGGGAAUCGUCUAUGCCCUAAGUUCACUGUAUUGUAUUAUUAAUACCAGGAUAGCAGCUGAGUCCCACUAGACGGUCUUUGUGGUCUGCGGAUACUCUAAGAAGUGUCUGAGCAUAAAAGGAGGCUGUUUGAGUUGAAGUGGGCUGAUGGUCUGGGAUGACAUUUGAAUGCAUGGAGGACAAUGUCUAAAUGACAGUAUCGAGAAGGGAAGGCAAAAAGAAGCUCAAAACUAUUCCCAUUGUCCCUUGGAUGCUCAUCACUCCUCUUGAGAUAUUCCUCACAUGGGAGCUUUGUCUAGCAACAGGGAGUAGGAUCAGGGCGGGAUAGACCCGGGGUCCCGGGACAAAAGCCAGGGAUUCAGGUCCUCAGACACAUUAAAAUUCUAGACAGAUAGCAAACAUAAUGAAAACCACAACCCAAAUGUAUUUUAAGUCUAACAAAGUUCAACAUUUUAGCUAAAUUAUUACAAGUAUAUUUAACAAAAUGUUUGCAAUACUCUGAGAUGCUUCUAUGAAUAAAGCUUUUAAGAACAUCAAAUUGGUUGUGCAAAUGAAUAAUUUACCAAGUCUCUAUUGGAAUUUAGGAUAGCUGCUUCCUCUACCAAUCUGUACACACACACACACACAUACACACACACACUCUGUACAUCACACAACCAAAUAGAAUAAUUUUUCAACAGUCCUAGAACUGUGAGGAUAACAUCAUAGAGCAGUCAAAGGAUUACUUUUCCACCAAGGAAAUAAUGCACAAGGCCAAUAACAAAAACACUACAAAAGUUAGAGAAACUGAUGGAAAUUUAUCUCAUAGUAAGUACUACCAUGUAUGCCAAGCAUGGAAUCAAAUGCUAUAUUGUUAACUUCCAUACUUGGGUGAAUUUUUUCCUGUUAAAUUAUCACUAUUCUUUUAAUGUAGCUUGCAUUAUGUAUAGUGCCCUUGGAUUUUUAAUUGCUCUGGAUUAUCAUUUUCAAUGCAAUUAGUAAAAUGCCCUCAAUUACAUGUAAUAAUUACUGUAAAUGGGGCUAUUGGCCUAAUUACUAUAAAUGGGGAAAGAUGUGUGAUUAUCAUGUGCAGUUAAAUCAUGUACAGUAUUUAUUUUACAUUAUUACAUACAAUAGUGUAAUGAUAACACGUAAUUAUAUUGUAUCAAUCCUUGGUCAACAAAUCUACGUCACAUUAAGAUAUUUAGAGUUGUGAUCCAUUGCCAAAGAUCCAUGUACUGGAUCUUCCUUUCUAAAGUAAAGUAAAGUAAAAUAAUUCUAAAGUAAUGAGGGCUAGGAAUCCACUAAAUAAAUUGUGCACAGGCAAGAAAAAUCUGAAAGGAAAAAAAUUAUUUUACCUCCAUUAAUUAAGAAUGCCCAGAUUACCCUUUGUUGUCAGUGUUAAAUCCUCCCUGAGCCCAAUGCCAGCCUCCACCUGCCUGUUUUUAUGUAAAUGUGUAAAAAUCAACACCCUUAAAUGGUGGCAACAUUUAAAAUAUGCCUGGGAAAAAAAAAAAAAAGAAGUCCUUUCUUCACUGUGGCAAACGUGAUAAUCAUCCCUAGUUUACAGAUGCACACUUAACAAGCUUAUAGCACAUAAUUAAUUCUGCAAAGGAUGCUGUUUGACAGAGUGGGAUUAUGAGAAUUGCAUAUUGAUAGUGGCAAGAGGAAUAAAUCUAUUUUCUCCACCUAAGGUAGGGUGUUCUUGUGCUCUUUAGAAACUGGCGCAUCUCAGAGGUGUUGCUCUCAAAAUGAUCUCAGGAUGGAAAGAAAUCAGUAAUUACAGAGCCAGGCAUUCAGUUGUGUCCUAAUUUUCCCACCAGUUUUUCAGUGUUUCAGCUGCCUCCGAGACUUAAAGUAUUCUCAUUAGGUAGCUGCAGAGGCAGCCGCUUGCCUACUCCCUCAUUCUCUCACUGCAUUUCCUUUUUUUCCCCUCCAUUCCUGCCUUGGGAGUGACUGUGAAGAUCAUUUUCUGGAAUGAUUGGCAGGUUAGAGGAUUCGAUCAGAUGAGUUCCUCUUAGUGCAGGUCAAAAAGGCUAGUUAGCAGGAGCUGUCGAAAAAUGCCAGCAGCAUUCGAAAUGGGAAAUGUCAUGACUUCGAGGCAGGGGGUGCCACCUGGAACAGAAAGCCCCCAGCUCAUUAGCAAGUUACAGGAUGCUGGCUUAACUGGAGGGAGCAGAGAAGGAAAGAUAAUACCCAAUAGAGAAAAUGAUUGUGAAGUGGAAUUGAUUUCAUGUAUAAUUUGUUUAUCACUAGAGGGGACAAAUGCUGUCCUUCUGACAUGAGCAGAGGAGUGUGGACUGUGAAUGAAGCAACUUAGCAUAAUCUCCAGGUCGAGCUUUGGAUUUAAAGAAUGCAAACUUCUUUAUGCUUAACUGUGGAAAUGAUCAGGUCAUGUUACAUUAAUUAAAGCUGACAUACUCUCAAAUGUUUUAUCUGGGCAAUUGUGGCAAUUCGACAGAAAUGGAUAGAGAUGGGCAACUUUAGAAAAUAGGAGGAAUUUUUUUCCUCUGCUGGUGUGGAAGACUAGCUCAGUUGCAUACUGAAUUAUAACAUGGCUGGUGUUUACCUUCAGUGGUUAGCUAGGCUGCACAAAUCAAACCGGGUUCCCGAUUCGCUUGCGAUCUUGUUUAGAGAGGAGAAUGUUUGCCCUUUAGGAGAUUUAGAUGUAUUCCGUGUUAAAACAUAGACGUGUAUUUUGGAAUAUGACUGUAUUGUAUUUUGAUAUAAUGUUAAAAUUUUAAUCUUUUUUUUAAAGGGGAAGCUCUCUAAUUUCAUUCCUGCCUAAUUAUAAGUUCCUGUAGAAUAUGAUACUUUACCAUAAAGUCCUCGACUUACAGCAGCCAUAUUUACCAAGCAAAUUAAACUCAAAAGGUGUCCUUAUAGGAAAAAAUUAAUCUGCAAUUUGUAAAAAGAGAAUGUAGUGGCAAAACAGAAAAUAAUAUUGCCUGGGAAGAACUCAUAUUAAACUCCAAAAUUAAAGCUUCCAGUAUUUUUACAAUGUAUUAAAUAGGCUAUAGUGUAAAGCCUUUUCCUACAUAAAUUCCAUCAGAAAAUGUAUUUUCUUUUGAUGAGAAACUUUCACGAUCUCAUUUAUCUCUGACAUGGAGAUCUUCGUCUUGUUAUUUUAAGUCACAAAUGCCACAGCUGCAAGUCUUUCUGGCUGAACACUGAAAGAUGUUUACUUAGCAUCUAGAUUUUCGUUAAAACAUAUAUUUUCAAAAUGUCUUUGCCUUAAGUUUCUCUUUUCUCUUAAAUAUUGAGACAUUUUAUGAGGCAGUUAUGAAAUAGCCAAUGCUUGUUUUAUCAAGCAGCCUCAGACUGCUGUCUUAAGUGAAUAGGAAUCUUAAAACCUCCUAGUCAAAACACUGGUGGAAAAUUCAUUCUGUUCUGUAUUCAGCAUAAAAAGCUUAGCAUUAAGCUACUGAAUAUAGCUGUCAAGAUAUACGGCGUUAGUUUUGUCAAAUCUGAAAAUUUAAACAUCUGUGGGAAUCCACCCAUCCCCUCACUUGAGAGUUUUAUUGUGUGGUCCAGAAGCUGACCUUUGAAAAGAAAAAUUAUAAAAUACUGUUUUAAAUGGUUCGUCUAAAGUUAAGAUUUUUUUAUUCUUCUGCAGUAACUUAAUUUGUUAACAACUGAUGGAUUUAUUAGAAAAAUGAAUGAAUCAAAUUUUUGAGAGAAAGCAUUUUAAAAAAGAAUUUUUUUAAAAUAAGAGAAUUGGGUCUCAUUGUGUACAAGUAGGUUUCUCACUCUUCAGACUAGCUUUAAGUAAGAUGCCCUUCUCUCUCAAAACAGGCAAGCCGAAGGUGCCUGACUACACAGAGCCAGAGGUGAAUGGUGGCAUUUGUGCACAUGUGGUCUCAUGACCCACCCUCUUCUCCAUCCCCUGCCCUCAGCUUGGCCUUCCAAAGUCAGCUCUGCAUUCACAGACUUCAUAGACUCUCCACUAUUUGGCAUUCUUCUCAAUUAAUCUCCUCUCCUUUAAAUAAAAUAAUCUCUGGUACAUAUUGACAUAUUGACAUUCUUUUUUUUUUUCCCCUGAGGAAGAUUAGC